UUCGAGGGGAACUCAAUGGGCGACCUAGCUGCGGUGCCGCUGAACCCUGGAGACCUCUUCCGCACGACUCUGCUAUCCACACUCACGCUGCUCGCAGGGUUUGGUGUGGGGUACCUCUCUGGCUAUUUCCGCGCUCGCCCAAUGUUGAAAUAUGUUGUGUAUGCACUUCCCGUCGCGCUCAUGUCGAUGGUGACCUUGGUCACGGAUAUGGGAGCGAUCAACACUGUGCUGUUUUCCGUGCUUGGACACUACUUGGGCGACAGCUUGAUCGCGGUGGGGCUCACUGGCGGUAUCGCCACGGGCAAAAGUUCCGUGUCCGAGGUGUUUAAGAAACACAACGGUGUUAUCAUUGACGCCGACCUCAUUGCACGGCAAGUUGUGGAGCCGGGAAAACCUGCGCACACGAAGAUUGUUGCCAUGUUUGGCCAGGACGUUCUUAACGCCGACGGCACGAUCAACCGCCCGAUGCUCGGCAGCAUCAUUUUCAAUAACCCGAGCAAACGUCAGUCCUUGAACUCUUGCACCCAUUACUACAUCAUCAAAGAGAUGUUCGUUCAGCUGCUGUACCAACGCAUCAUCAAGCAGCGGAAGCUCGUCAUUUUUGACGCCCCGCUGCUCUUUGAGACAAAGUUGCUCGAGUAUUUCUGUGUUCCCAUCAUCGUUGUCGCGUGCUCGGAAGCCACCGAGCUCCAACGUCUGAUGCGUCGAGAUUCCAUCACCAAAGACAAAGCCAUCGCCCGCAUCAAGUCACAAAUGAGCAUUGAGGAAAAAGUCAGGCUGGCGGGCGUCGUGAUCGACAACAACGGGACGAAAGAAGAGCUAGAGGCCGCGGCCGAAGCAACGCUUCGAUCGGUCGCACGCUCCAUCGGUGCCGCCAGCGAGGUCAAGCCAGUUGUGCUUCCCAGCAAGUAAUUGUCGAGCCGAAUACCUUACACCAGUAUGGAUCGACUCUGGAUCGUGAACUUGUUGGAUAGUUAGAGGAAUGUUUCGGUGGUUAUCGUUGGCGCUACUUGAUUUUUGACGAGGACGAUGUAGCCUGCAGCAGCUUGGACGGCCGGGGGUUGGGCUCGAUCGUGAUGGCGUCUGGCAUGGCCAGGUCCGACGUGGACGUGUGGCGUUCGAUGACAUGGCCGACUCGAAAUGACUUUUCCUUGCGGAUUCGUUUCUCAAAAUACAACGUGGAUGAGGUUGGU